CCCCUACUGUAAAUGAUAAGGAUAUUAGAAGUAUUUAGUGAUUUUAUACCCCAGGGGUAAAGCUCUACUAUAAAAUCCCUCCUUUGGGGUUGCAGUGCAAUAUAUAGAGGUAUUGGAGCAGUGUGACAGCCCAGUGUGAUUUCAGCUUCAUGUCGAGUCCUUUUCCCUCCCUCCUCCUCCUCCUGUUUCACUCCAGUAUCAGUCUCCCGGGAGACUCACAGUAAACUCCACUCUGAGCUGCAGGACCUGCUUAUCCCAUUGCACAAGUCACUUGCUGCCUCUCUUGGAUCCCAUCCACCUCCCCAGCAAAUUAAGGGAUUUAUUACAUAACUUGUGGUGAGGAUGAAGGACCUGCUCACUACCAGGAACCAGAACUGCUGGAAGGAGCUGAUUGAGAAGGAAACGGCCUCCAGGAUGUACUGGAAGCUGAGAUACAAACAGGAGAAUCCACAGAACCUCCAGGAGAAGAGCAGGAAGAGGAAAGAAGGGUCUCUGCCCAAUAUUAGGACCACCCUGCUGCCCCCUAUUCAUGUCCCCAAGAAACCAGAAGUGAUGCAACCGAAGGAGCCGACCUGUGGCCUCCCAGAAGAAGAGGAGUUGGGGGAGAUGAGAGUUGCCUCUCCGCACACCUCCAGUUUACUCUAUGAUGGCUUCUCCAAGGAGGGUAAAGGAAGGUCCCUGUAUCUGAGGAAGAGGAAGGAGAUUAUCCCAGAGGAGAAAUAUCCUCAUCCAGUUCUCUCCUCCUGGGAGUAUGGCUGGAGAUUAGAUGAUAUGGUGAAAGAAGCUAAGGCUCCGAUCCAUGGAAGGUGCAAAAUAGUGAGAGAUACAUUUUAUAGCAGGAACGGAGUCGUUUCCUACCCCCAAUACACUGACCGGAUGCUCUGAAUAUGGGCCUUGCUUUCCAAACUCGUGUUGUAUGUGGCCUUUAAUCCACUGCUAGAGGAGCCCCAGGAAUGAUACUGCAUGGAGCUCACGUGUGCAAUGACCUCUAUAAAUCCAAUGGACUUCAGCUGCUUGUUUACCUGUUUGUCUUGUCAAUAAAUUAACUCUGAUUUUACAUGUUUUUGUGACACCUUCUGCCUUCAUCCUGAGGUUGUAGAAUUACAAAUCCCAAAAUGCAGUUCAGAUUCAGUAACCAAACCCAGGCUUUCCUACGUCUGUGCCAAAUUUUCCUGGUCUGUCAUUGUCAAUGGGUCUCAA